AUGGUCACGGGCGCCGCCGCCCUGACGGCCGUCGCCACGCCCGCCAUGGCCAAGGAGAUGGCCAAAGACACAAUCCAAGCCACCGAGGUCUACGACAACGGCAAGUUGCACGAUUGGAACAUGGGGCGCAAACUUGAAAUGACGAGCGCCCAAGCCGCGGCCGGUAUGUUGAACUCGAGCGUCUGGCCCAGGCUCGACUACACCAAGUGCGAGGACGGUGUCGCCCAGGCCGUCCCCGGCGACCCCCUUCACGGCUUCAAGUGCAAGAACAUGGACUUGUACGACUUUAUCAACCACGCCACGCUUGGCUCGCCCAAUGGGUAUGGGUUGACGCCGGAUUCCAUUCCACGCACCGGCUCGUCGACUUGGGGCUGGGUAGACCCUGCUUCUGGCCGCGAAUUCAUCGCCAACGGCAUGGUGGAUGGCACUGCCUUUAUCGAGAUUCUCCCCGAGGGGCGUAUGUCCCUCCUGGGUUUCCUGCCGGUCCCUGUUCCAGUCGAGCGUAGUGCCCUGUGGAAGGAGGUCAGAUCCUAUAAGCACUACAUGGUCAUUGGCUCCGAAAUGGCCAACCACGGCAUCCAGAUCUUUGACAUGACCAAGUUGCUUGAUGUCGAUCCCCAGGAGCCUGUCAAGUACGACCCGGCCACAGACGUGACCGCUCACUUCACAGAUUUGCCUGGCCCAGGUCGCAGCCACAAUGUCGUCGUCUAUGAGGAAAAGGACCUACUACUUGUUGUUGGCUCCCAGCCUCGGAAUGAUGAGUGCCGGUCUGGUCCCAUCUUCGUCGAUCUGUCCGACAUCAGCAACCCGACCAGGGUCGGCUGCAACCCAAACGACGGCUACGUUCACGACGCUCAAUGUCUUAAGUAUAAGGGCCCUGAUGAGAAGUACCUGGGCCGCGAUAUCUGCUACGCCUACAACGAAGAUACCCUAACCAUCUACGACAUCACCGACCCCACCAACUCAUCCAUUAUUUCUGUCACUUCGUACGAGGGCGCCUCCUACACUCAUCAAGGAUGGGUUCUCGACCCAGAGUGGCAGGAGUUCUUGAUUCUGGAUGACGAGCUCGAUGAGGUCAACUCUGUGGGCGCUGCUGCAGAUGGUUACCCUGUGACCUUCAUUUGGCAACUGGAAUCCUUGGAGAACCCCAAGCAGGUUGGCCUUUACAAGGGCAGCGUGAGGAGUGUGGAUCACAACCAAUACAUCAAGGACGGUCUUAGCUACCAGUCAAACUAUCAGGCCGGUCUCCGCGUCUACGACAUCAGCUCCAUCCCGACUGACCCCUCUGGCGAUGGUGUUUGCGAGGUCGCCUACUUUGAUAUCCACCCCGAGGACGAUAACGAGCCCGGCGGUGGCAUCCCUACCUAUGAGUUUGGCACCUGGGCAUCAUAUGCCAUGUUUCCAUCUGGCUUCAUCUUCAUCAACACCAAGGAGCGUGGUGCGUUUCUCGUCAAGAUGACCCGCCGCGAGUCAUGCCCAAAGACGCACCCAUGCAAUGCCGAUAACUGCCUGCGCGCCAUGCGCUCCACCAGCGUGCAGGGCCGCCUGGAGGAGUCGCAGGAAUUCUGUGGCGCAUUCCUUGAUGGCUGGUCCGGCGAUGUCGACGAGGUUCCCGCGUACGGCGUCAGGGCCUGCGGCGAGAAUAUCAUCUCCCGCGUCAGCUCUGCCUGCUCGUGCCUGCCGACGCCUACCUCGACGUAG